CCAACUACCAAGGGAACACAACAACUCGUCCAGCAAACCAGUUUGGAGACACAAGGACAGUCGUUUGGUGGUCGGUACAUCCAAAAAUUGUAGCGCCCGACCCUCCUUCGGCUUGGUCCAGGACCCUUCCUCUGUCAGUGAGGUGCCACUGCAGCUCGGUAACUACACGUAGUAUAUUACUUAUGUUUUUCGUCCCGAGCCAUAACAAUGAACCGCACCUUCCUUCCAGCUCGGCUACCAUAUGUCAGGGUAUUGUCAUGUCACACAUGCCCUCGUACUCUCUUCAUAUCUAGCACUUGCCUUACUUACCAUUCUUCCUCGACCGUCUUUGUCCUACAGGGAAACGUAUCUCGAACUACAGCAGACUUCCUACAACCAAAAAGCACCUUGAACUCUCUACCCAUCUCGUCCAUUCCCAUCAAAAUAUUCCACCACCCCACCGAGGUGAUCCAACUCAUUUCAUCGAAAGGAAACAAAAAGAAAAAUGGACAUAAUAAUAACAGGCGCCGGCCUCUCCGGCCUCUCCACCGCUCUGUCCCUCCGGCGCGCGAACCCUUUUCACCGAAUAACCAUCCUCGAGCGAUCCUCUCACUACACUGCCCUCUCCCCCACCAGCAGCAAGUCAUACACCUCCCACGAAGUAGGCGCAGCAAUCAACGUCCCCCCCAACGUCUCUCGCUUCCUCUGCCAUCCACAGCCCGGGCGCGGAUGGGGCCUAGACCCGCUGAAACAAGAGUUUGUAAAGAGCGAGGGGAUGUUGGUCGUGAACCCACAGACGAUGGAGCAAAUGGGACAAGGGUUGGAUCAUAGUAGGAAUGAGGAGGUUUGGGGAGGGGGAGCACUGUGGUAUGCGCAUCGGGUUGAUUUGCAUGGGGGGUUGUUGGGGUUGGUGUUGGAUACGAAUAAUGACGAUGAGAUUGGUGAUGAUGAUGGGAAUGAAAAGGAGGAAGUAAAUGGAGUGGGUGGGAUGGAUGGAAAGGUGAGAAAGGGGUGGGUGAGGAUUGAAGGUGGAAAAGAGGUUGUUGCGUAUGACCCCUCAGUACCCUCAGUGGCCCUCUCCGACAACACAGUCUUGAGCGCAGACCUCAUCAUUGCCGCCGACGGGGUGCACUCUCGCGCACCUGAAUACGUCCUCGGACACCCGAACCAGCCUCAGAUGCUUCCUGAUCCGAAGCUCAAUACCUGCUACCGGUUUCUGAUUCCGACGGCGGAAAUUGCUGAUGAUCCAGACACAAAGUUCUUCCUGGAUGAGGAUCGGAAGGAGGCCAAGGUUUGCAGGCUGUGGCCGGAUGUGAAAGGGAGGAAGAGGGUAAUUGCUUAUCGGUGUCGAGGUGGUGAAGUGUUCAACUUCGUGGUCAUGCUCCGGGAUGAGACAAGUACUGCGAAGCGGGAGGACUGGCACGCCCCCGUCUCCAAGUCCGAAGUCCUCGCCAAGCUGUCCGAUUUCCACCCCGGCAUCCUAGCCGUGAUCAACAAAGCAACAGACCUCAAACGCUGGCCCCUCCUCUACCGCCCUCCCAUCCCAACCUGGCACAAGGACCGGUUGGUUCUUGUCGGGGACGCUGCUCAUCCUAUGUUACCUCACCACGGCCAAGGAGGCGCCCAAGCAAUCGAAGACGGCCUCGUCCUCGGCCUCUGUCUAGGAGACUUAUCCAGCACUUCUUCCCCCGAGGAACUCGAGCGGCGACUUCACGUCUACGAAAAGAUCCGGCGCAACCGGGCUUCGGCUAUCCAGGUGAUGAGCAAUGUGGGUUUUGACGAAGAGGCGCCGCGGGAGUUGAAGGGGUAUUUGAAGGAGGAGGGAUGGAACGGGGGAGUGCCUAAAAAUAUGAAGGAAGUGGUUGAACUUGAGUAUGGACCGGAUAUGGUGGAGAGGACUGUGAAGACGAUGAAAGAGGAGGUUGACGCUGGGUGGGAGAUACCGAGGGGGUUUUUCCCGGGGUUCAAGAGGCAGUAGAGGUAGGACGAACUUGGAG